AAGAAGAAACAGCUCAAGCAAACAAACUCCACACUAGUAGACAGUCAUUCCUCUGCGUGCCCCGCAGCUGUUCACCUGCCCUCGCUUCCAGCAUCGACCAUGAGGAAUAGCUACACCAUCCAGAGAAAGGUGGAAGUUGUCCAGUGGCACAAGAAGAAUGGAGACAACGUAAGCAAAACUGCAAGACAUUUUGAGCUGGACAGGAAACGUGUUCGCGAAUGGAGCACCAACUACCAGUCCCUUCUGCAGCAGUGCCACGGCAAAAACAAAUUCAAGAGAGCCAUCAACAACGGACGGCCGGUCUUCAGCGAAGAGCUCGAUGAAGCACUCAUGGACUUCUUGGAUACCGAGCGGGCGGCGGGGCGAGCGGUGAGCAACCGCGUCCUUCAAGAGCACGCACGCAAGUUGGCGGUUCAGAUGAACCUGGGCAACUUCGAAGCUUCGAACCACUACCUGGCCCGCUGGAAAGCCCGCUUCAAUGUGUCGAUGCGAGUGGGGACGAACGAGAGUCAGAAGCUGCCGGCUGACUACGCUGACGCAAUCUCCGUCUUCCGGAGGGCUGUGGGAAGCCUGCGCCUGGAGCACAGUUACUCCAACUUUAGUAUAGCCAACAUGGACCAAACCAUGGUACGCAUGGACUGCCCAGCCAAGCGGACAAACAACGUUGCCGGCGAAUCAAGCAUCCGCAUCGUGAACACAGGCUGUGCGCGUCGUGGACUGACGGUUGCACUCUGUGCAACAGCUGCGGGCAUCAAACUCCCGGCUCUCAUCGUGCUCAAGGAACCGACGGGCCGGAUCCCGCCAAGGGCACUGUUCGCACUUCAAAUCCCAGAAAAUGUGAGAGUGACCUGUUCAAGGAACGGAUGGAUGACUACGCCGGUCUUCCUCGAAUGGGUGCGGAGGGUGUGGGGUGCCAACAAAGACGACGUGAGGCGGCUGCUCGUCUUGGACCAGGCGCCCAUUCACAAGACAGAGGCAGCGCGGGAGGCCCUCGACGGGAAGGAAACCGACGUUGUCUUCAUUCCUGGCGGGUGCACGUCUAUUCUCCAGCCAGCAGACGUGUGCUGGAUGAAGCCCUUCAAAGAUGCUCUCAGGAAUCGUUGGUCCUCCUUCUUGCGGGAAGGGGCUGUCACCGCCAAAGGGAACCUCAAGAAGCCGUCGCGUCAGGAUGUCGUCAGCUUCGUGUCCGAGGCUUGGGCAUCUCUAUCGGAGGAGGCCGUCCUGACGUCGUUCAAGCGCUGCGGCAUCUCAACACGCCUCGACGGCUCAGAAGACGGGGAGUUGAACCACCGCCUGGCCUCUGUAAGCGACGAACCAGCGAUGGGGCCCGAAGCUCGGGAGAGCAUAGUGGACGAAGUAGUGCAACUCGUCUUUGACAGCGACAGCGAUGAGUCGUUCGAUGGAUUUAGCGAUGACGAGUGAGCAAUAAAUGCGUAUGCACCGCUGAUCUGUCAAAUGCAGCCAUUUUUUUUGUAGUUUUUGGCCCUUGGCCCGAAACUUCGCCCACCCCAUGUUUUUCACCAUUUAUCUCUUAAUUUUGGGUGGGCGUUCUUUCGGAAC